AUUGGUCGAAAGUUGUGGGCUGAUGCCUGCUUCUUAUGAAUAUUCAUGAGGCCAUUGUGCGACGCUGAGGGAAAGCCGGAGACGCCGGGAUUUCAGCCGGUUCUGUCACCGAGCGGCUCACGUGCGGGUUCGCGCGCAAGAACGUCAGAAGGUCGGGGUUGUGUGUGUGUGUGUGUGUGUGUGUGUGUGCGUGUGCGCGCGCGCGCUGUCGGACACCGGAGAGACGCAGCGCUGGUGCGCGUGAACACCGGCGUCCUGCUGGAGGACACCGAAACCGUAGAGGAUAACGGGACUGAAUUUCCUCUGCUGUGUUUCCGGGACUGUAGUCAGUCCGGUGGUUAAGUCAGAACACCGCACCUUAUCCGCUUACCGGCGUUAGACACGCACGUGGCGUCUCGCGCGCAAGGAUGAUGCAAAUCUGCGACUCGUGCAACCAAAAGCACUCGUUAUUCAGCGCGAUGACGCGCUUCAUCGGCGCCGUGAACAACAUGGACCAGACGGUGAUGGUCCCCAGCCUGCUGCGGGACGUGCCCCUGGACGAUGAUGACGGCGGAGGCUGCGGCGACGCGGAGAUAAACGAUCGCCAGGCGACCGCCAACGCGAACGGCGUGCACCCGGUACCGGUCGCGUAUUACCGCACGGGCGACAUGUACGGCUACUACGUGCUGCUCAAGUCCAUCCGCAAUGACAUCGAGUGGGGCGUGCUGCCUGGGGACGAGCGCCGCAAGGAGCCCGCGCGCCUCGAGCCGGACACCGGGGACCUCGAGCAGCUCUUCCGCUUCCACCUCAAAGGUCUUCACGCAGUCCUCGGCGAGCUCACGCGCAAGGCCGACACGCUCACGGACCGCUACAAGCGCGAGAUCGGCAUCGGCGGCUGCGGGCUCUGACGUCAUCACCCUGCUCACGCGCACAGCCGUUAAUACGAGUAAUUAAUAUUAGUUUUAUUAAGAAUAUGUCGAGGAAAAGCCUCAAUAACUCGUAUUUCUACCGCACCUUAAUAUUAUUAUGAUGAUUACUUUCUUUUUUCUAAUGGACUACAUUGUUCAACUCGGGACGCCGCACGUGCUUAAUAAUGUAUAUGCAAAAAAAAAAUCAGCACGUGUGAAUCACGUGAGGACCCGAGCGGAAGUUCAUCCCAGUGCAAAGCUGCUCAUCAGCUCCUACAGCAGACCUUCAGUCAGUGAAGAGGAAUUUAAUGAUCAUUCUGUUCAGAAGAAUGCUGAAUGAUUCCUGGAGAUGCAGAAUGUAAACACACACACACACACACACACACACACACACACACACACACACACACACACACACACUCUGAUCAUGCGUGUAAUGUGUGUAAGGCUUGUCCUGGUUGUAGGGUUUUUUUCCAAUCAAAGGUUUUAAAAUAAAACAUUUUUUUUGUAAAUGUA